AUGCCUGGCAAUCUGCAGAGUAUACCGCCGUCGGUCAUCGCUUCGUGGCCGACGCCCAACUACGAUGAUCCAGUCCGUCGAACGUGGAUGCCUGCCUAUGCGGGUAUCUUGCAAGGCAUCAUGACCUUGAUGUUGGGGACGAGGCUGGUUCUGAGAGCGCAGAUGAAAGCUGGGCCAUUGGGUUUAGACGAUGCUCUACUCGUACCCUCAUUCCUCGGAGCAACGACCUUCACCGUCCUCAUCAUCCUUGGGACAGAGAAGUACGGCAUGGACCGACACAUCUGGGACGUUCGAGCGUCGACGUUCGAGUACACAGCCUUGAUCGGCUGGGCCGCCGAAAUCGCCUUCGUCCUCAGCACCUGCUGCACCAAAGUCUCCGUCCUGCUCUUUUUCCGGCGCCUCACCCAAGGUACCUUUAACAGAAUCUGGAAGUACCUAACCAUCGCCGCCAUAACCUUCACAAUCACCUACGGCCUCGCCUUCAUCCUCGUCCUCAUCUUCAACUGCACCCCCACCUCGGCCUACUGGAAAUCCUACUCCCCAGCCUGGACGGCCACGCACACCUACCACUGCACCGACACGACGAUCCUGAACCCCAUCCAAGGCGCCCUCUCCGUCCUCACAGACUUCUUCUCCGUCCUCCUCCCCAUGCUCAUGCUGCGCAGCCUCUCCACCACGCCCCGGCAGAAACUCGCCCUCAACGCCGUCUUCAGCCUCGGCCUGCUCGUCGUGGUCGCCGGGAUCGUGCGCACGGUGUAUCUGGAGAGGCUGGGCAGCCAUUGGGACAUUACAUGGCUGGGGUUCGAUGUUUUCGUCUGGAGUCAGCUGGAGGUGCAACUGGCGAUUAUUUGCGCGAGUGCGCCGGCCUUGAGGGUUUUCUUUCGGAGGUAUUUGAGCGAUCCGAUCACGAGGGCGAUCAAUAGCGGGAGGUCGACGAGUGGGGGACGGAGCGGGAAUCGGGAGUCGAAGAUGGGUGGGGAUGCGAUUGGGAUGGUGGGGUUUGGUCGGCGGAGGCAGGGGGAUGUGCUGGAGGUGUGUGAGGAGGGAGAGGGGAUCACGAAGAGAGUGGACGUUUCGGUGGAGGAUGAGGUUGAGGAGUCUUCUUCGCCUGCGGCCUCGUUUUCGACGGUGAAUCAUGAGGCGAGGCUGGUGAAGAGUCUGGAGGAUUAUGAGGCGCUGGCGUUGGAGACGUUGCAUCGACAGAGGAAGUCGCAGCCUUAUAUUGAGUGGAGGGGGGUGAGGAGUUGA